AUGCCUAAACGCGAGUUCUGGAGAGGUCUUUUCUGGCAGGAGGGCGGAUUAUCUCAGCAGAAAGUGCCAUCGUGCGGUAACGAGUCCAUGCCGCUUGACCGCUCCCGUGGUCGGCUGAUUCACGAGUCUGGUGUGGAUUACUAUUCGCCAAAUUGCUCACGGACGAUUCAAGUCCCAAAAGAAACAAACCCCAAUGAGCAGCAGUUUCCUCCGAAUUUGGCAUGGAAAGACUUUACAGAGCCAAGAUGGUGGACAGACACUCAUGGCUGGCUUGCCUUUGUUCCUCGCAAACCAAUGCUAGAUCUCGAUUUGCUCCAUGCCACCCGAAGACUCCUUGGAGCUUACCAAAUUGCAGCAAUCGCUCCAUAUUCUCCUUCGGCCAAGGGUUAUCGGGCAUCUUACAAGCAACCCCAUUCUAUCAAAAAGGCUGCAAUGCUUUCCCGAGAUUGCUUUUUUGUUUGGAUGGGUUUGCUAUCCUAUGGGGUGGCUCGGGCGGAGUUCUCGCUGGAGGCACAGAAAGAUUAUCGACAGUGGUGCGAAAACCAAGGAAAAGAUGCCAUUCUUGGAGUGCCUGACUGGCGAUCAUUUCUGAAAGAGCGAAGCCUUGAUUACCCGAAUGAAAAUUUCUUUGAUUCUACCUGGGUGGAUGCUAUCUCCGCUUCGACUCCAUGGCAGCAGUACUUUGCGGACCUUGAAAAAGAAAACCUUGAACGAGCAAAGGUGGAGUCUCCUAAAGACCGUGAGAGGCGACUGAACCGUGAGCGCCAACCACCAACCCGGAGUGCCAGGGUGAUUGAGUGGGUUGAGCCUAUAAAUGGCGGAAACCAGCUCAUUCCUGAGGAAAAAACAGUGGCAGAGCGGGUCGACAUUCUGGAGAUGUAUGAAGAUAAGUACAAACGAUAUGAUUCAUUCAACAAUACAUGGCAUAUUUGCGAAGAGUUUGGAGCCAACCAACCAUCUACCUGGCAGGAGCUGGAGGACUACCGAAUGUUCCUUGGUCACUACACCAAUGAGGAGAGAGAGGAGAUGGAACAGAUGAGGUUAACUGAUGAACCCCCUCCUAUUUUAGAUACUCCCCUCCGUGCCCCCCACUCCACCCAUAAAUCCUGA